UGCGCAUGCGUCAUCCACAGCGCGUUAUCUUUGGUAGGUGAUUGCAGCAGCCCCAGAUCCAGUAUUUUAUCUCUUUCUGUUUUAUUUACGGUUUCAGAAAUAAAUAUUUUAACCCGUGUAGUCCGAUGUAAGAGCUUUUGAGGAUUUUUGUUUUUCCCACUGCUCUUCCCGGAGCAGGAAGACGGCGCUCCUUGUAGAUAUGAAGCAACCAGGAAGUGUCUGAUCAUCUCUGGUUUCUGUUAUGAAACUCCUCUGCUCCACCCUGGGGAAAGCAACCUGGAUUUUAACCGUCACUGUUGCCAUCGUUGCAGCGGUACUUUAUUAUUUCGCCGACACUUCUCCAAGCAAAUAUAGCAGCAUGGCUGAGGACAUGAAGACCCUGGAGGAAAAGUUCAGGGGUCAAAGCAAGAGCUGUUUUAUCCUGGGAGCUUCUGGGGAAACUGGGAAAGUGUUGCUUCAAGAGCUGCUGGACAGAAACAUUUUCUACAAAAUAACCCUCAUUGGACGAAGACUGCUGAGCUUUGAAGAUAAAGCGUAUGAAAACCUGGUACAGGAAGUGGUUGACUUUGAAAAACUCGAUGACUAUGCUGCUGCUUUCAAGGGCCAUGAUGUGGGCUACUGCUGCCUGGGGACAACCAGGGCAAAAGCAGGGGCUGACGGAUUCGUCAGAGUUGAUCAUGACUACGUUCUGAAGUCUGCAGAGCUCGCCAAGGCUGGAGGCUGCUCACAGUUUCACCUGGAGUCCUCCAGAGGAGCCGAUAAAAAAAGUAGCUUCCUCUACCUCAAAGUCAAGUGGUUCUUAACCUGGGUACGAUCAAAUCCCAGGGAUUCGAUGAGUCGGUGUCAGGGGUUCGGCGGAGUCUCUGCCGCGGAGGGCCAAGUUGAAGCUGAAAUUGAAGAAUUGGGUUUUGACAGAUUAGCCAUUUACAGACCAGGGGUUCUGCUCGUCGACAGACAGGAGAGUCGACCCGGAGAGUGGCUCGCCAGGAAGUUCUUCGGCGCCUUCUCUGCCGUUUGCUCCAACUCCAUGUCCAUCUCAAUCCAAGCGGUGGCGAAAGCGAUGGUGUCCAACACGCUGCUGCAGCCGGAGCAGAAGGCAGAGAUCCUGGAGAACAAGGACAUUGCCAGUCUGGGAAAAGUGAAAGGGAAAUAAAUGGAAGGUACAAAAUGUUGAAAAGCUGUUAUUUUAUUUGUUUAAACUGAAUCAGCAAUAUUUCUGGAAGUCAGACACGUUAACAGACAUUGCACUGUUUAAUACAGUACAUCAGACACAGUUAUAGGAACACUUAUAACAUUUAUAGGAAUAAAAAUACAAAUUAUUCACAUCCUUGGCAGAUUUAAAAAGGAUUUAAUUCAACCAACUAGUUGAUUUUUGGUAGUAAAUGACAAACAUCCACAACUAGAUUAGACGAAUCAUUAAAAAGGGAAAAAUCUGUUUUCAAAUUUACACAUUUUACAUAUAGCUUUAUUGGCAUUACAGUAAUCAAAUCCUUCUAAGAAUUACUGACCAGCGUUUUACAUUUUUCCACUGAUUGAUUAUUUAAUUAUUCUGAUUUAAGUCUGAACUCUGACUCUAAAAUUACUUUGAAUCUUAUUCUGUCAGGAAAAAUUAAUAAUUUUUAGGUCAAACUGGAUCUACUAUCACUUGUUCAAUUUUCUUGCAAAGCGUUUCUUCCCAGCUUUAUUUUGGAUUAUCUUAAUUGAUCAAUGAAUAUUGGUAAAUGUACAUUACACCGGGCACUUAAUUUAAAACUAACUUGCUAAAACUAUUUUUUGUAUUUUCAGGUCAUUGUGUCUGCUGUACAUAAUGAUCACAUUCUGCAAGAGCCUCAUCAAGAUAUUUUUGAAGUACUUGAAAACAGAUAUUCUUUUAUUUAUUCCUAGUUCCAAUGAAAGAAUGUGCAUAAAGUAAAGUGUAUCGUUUUGUGUUUUAUUGUGAUGUUUAAAUCAGGGAAAUAUGCCGAACUGUUUGGCCUUUUCAUUUGUGCUCUAACACACUAAACCACUGCCUUAAGCUGAUUGUGUUGACAUUUUAUGCAAGGAAUGUCCAUACAUGUGUUGCAAACAUAUUCAGUAAGUGAUGCUACAUAUUUAAGUGUGAGUUUAAAAAUCAAUAAAAUAUUUUCACAUUCAUAAGCGUU